UCAGCUCAGUGCCAGUCUCCCAGAGCCGGCAGGCCCAGGUCCCUGCGAGAGACUCCUGCCGGAGGCCAGGGGCUCAGUCCUUAGGGUAGCGGGAGCCCAUCGAGGAUCGGCUGAGACACCAUCAGAGUUUGAAUUAUUCCAAUUAUUUAUUAGCUGUUUUAUAAAGGUAAAGAGUAAAAAACAAAAAAAACACUAUGUCUGAUGAAGUUUUUAGCACAACUUUGGCUUAUACAAAGAGUCCAAAAGUCACCAAAAGGACUACUUUCCAGGAUGAGCUAAUAAAAGCAAUUACAGCUCGCUCAGCCAGGCAAAGGAGUUCCGAAUACUCAGAUGACUUUGACAGUGAUGACGUUGUUUCCUUAGGUGAUUUUUCUGACACCUCAGUAGAUGAAAAUUCAGAGAAGAAAAAAAUGAAUGAUUUCCAUUUAUCAGAUGAUGAAGAAAAGAAUUCUCCAAAACUGUCUUUUUUGAAAACCAAGAAAUCAAACAGUGACAUAAUGAAAGAUGAGCCAGUAUUCUCCACCAAAAAUGAUGAGGAAAUGGCACCUGAUGGUUGUGGAGACAUGGUUGGAACUCCCUUAUCUGAAUCUCAAAAUAAAGACCAGGAAAUUGAAAAAGACAAAAUGAAAAUGAAACCUAAACCCAGAAUUCUUCCAGUCAAAAGCACAUCUACAGAAAGCAGCAGGGGCCUUGACACAAACAACCCCUUUAAGCCUUCACCUCGGCCCCGGGGCAUGUUGAAGAAACACAGCCCUGGGGACGUGAAAGAGGGGCUAGGAGAAGAUAAGACAACUGUCCUCCAUGAACAAUUGGAGGCACACUCUGCACCGCCCCCCCUUCCAAAGCUAAGUGACAGUCAACUAGAAGCUGAGAAAAAAUCAUUCUCCGGAACCCUCGAUCCAGAGAAAACCAUUGAAGACAGAAAUAUGAAGAAUAAAAAGUCAACAAAUAAUAGAGCAUCCAGUGCAUCUGGCAGGUUAAUGACCUCUGAAUUUUUAAAGAAAUCUAGUUCUAUAAGGAGACCUCCAUCAACAACCACCUCUUCUCACUAUUUAGGGACUUUGAAAGUCUUGGAUCAAAAGCCUUCACAGAAACAGAAUGUAGAACCUGAAAGAGCAGACAGCAUAAGGGCAGUUGUUUACCAGGAGUGGUUAUUAAAGAAAAAUGUGUAUUUACAUGAAAUGCACAGAAUUAAAAGGAUCGAAAGUGAAAACUUAAGGAUCCAAAAUGAACAGAAAAGAGCUGCUAAGAGAGAAGAAGCGUUAGCAUCCUUUGAGGCCUGGAAGGCUAUGAAAGAAAAGGAAGCAAAGAAAAUAGCUGCCCAAAAAAGGCUUGAGGCAAAAAACAAGAAGAGAACAGAGGAAGAAAAUGCCGUGAGAAAGGGAGAAGCGCUGCAGGCCUUUGAACGAUGGAAGGAGAAAAAAAUGGAAUAUCUUAGAGAGAAAAAUAAGAAGGAGAGAGAAUAUGAAAGAGCAAAGAAGCAGAAAGAGGAGGAAACGAUUGCUGAGAAAAGGAAAGAUAACCUAACCGCCGUUGAGAAAUGGAAUGAAAAGAAGGACACUUUUUUCAAAGAAAAGGAGAAAGAGAAAAUAAAUGAGAAAAGAAGAGAAGAACUGAAAAGAGCAGAGAAAAAAGAUAAAGAUAAGCAAGCUAUUGAUGAAUAUGAAAAAUGGCUGGAAAAGAAAGAAAGGCAGGAAAGAAUUGAACGAAAACAAAAGAAGCGUCAUUCCUUUCUUGAAAAUGAGGCACUUCCUCCCUGGAGCCCUCCAAGCAGAACUGUGUUCUCAAAAGUGUUUUGAUGAUUCUCAUUUUUACAUUAUUUAGUUAUUUAUCAGUUCACCAUUUUAGCCACUAUUUAUUCAAUUACUUAUAGUUAGAAGAGUCUAUUUUAAUUAAAUGCCAACCAUUUCCACUGGCAAUGGAAAAGAUGCUUUGGCGUUUAAUCAGUGAAAUGAUUGAAAGCAUUUUUUUGGACUGUAGGUAAACUGCCUCAAAUGAGAAAGUAGUAAUCAGAUUGCUCUUACCAUUCUAAUGACUCUUUAUCAUGUCCUCACAGUCCUCACAAUCAGAUGAUCCAUGGUCACUUUCUCUAAGCUGUGCAUAGUAUUUAAGUGUGUUUAUUCCCCAGAAUGAAAAGGAAACCAUCUAGGUACUAUAAUCAUUGAAAUAAUUGAAUCUCUGAAUGAGUGUGCAUCUAGAUUCAGGUUUUAAAAGGAAUUGUCGCUGGGUGUGUGUGUGUGUGUAUUUUUUUCCUCCCAAAACUGAUCUUAAGCUCAAGCAGUUGCACUUAAACUGUGCAAGUUAGAGUUUCAGUCAGUUGAGGCAGUAGUUCAGUAGAACUCAAAUCAUCAAGGCAUUUUGUUUAAAAAGUUUGCCUUAUGUUUUAAUAUGAGUUUUAUCUGUCCCAGACCUUAACGUGACAAUCAUAGGCACUUUAUAAUGAGUAGACCUCUGAAAUGUGUCUUCUAGAUUCUAUCUCACUUUAUUAUUUCAGUGGUACCAAAAAAAAAAUAUCCAUUUCUUGGUAGUGAAUAUACUUAUACAGUAGUUAUGGAAAUUCCGUAAGAGCUCAAGGUCAUUAUCACUGUUAAUAAUUUUUUCCAGACUAAAGCCAUAAAGGUGAUAAAGGCAAUUUUUGAUCUCUUAGCUUUUUCCAGAGUCUUAUAGCUUAUAUUUAGAAGACAGCUGUAUAGGAAGACAAUUUGUAGAAAAUGCCCAAAGAAUCUUUAUUUAUUUAUUUGAUCACUGCAUAUCUUUAUAUUAAUUGAAAUUGUACUUGAACUGCUCAGCUAGUUUAUCACAGACCAAAUGUAUGCUCUCAGAGCUGAAAUACUACUUUAGCCAAUGAUGCCAUGCAAUGAUGGAUGAGAAUAAAUAAUUACUAUUUAUUAAGCACCUAAUGUGUGCCCUCUGCUGGAUCUUUACAAAUGUCAAUUCUUAUCUUUACAACAGUUAUUCAAUGUAGGUGUUAUUUUGCAGAUAAAAAAUACUGAGACUCGGAGAAAUAACUUGCCAUACGUUUAGCAUGUGACAGAAUUGGGAUUAGAAUUAAGUCUUUCUCCCUCCAGAAUCAAUAUGCUCAUUUUUAUGCUCUGUAUUAUAUCAACUUUACAAACACAUUUUACCUCUCAGAUCCUAAAAUCAUGUAUUGUUAUCUGGAGAUUAUCUUUCCUUUAAGAAAUAUCUGUUUGUUAUUAGAGAUGGUGAACUUUAUUAGAUUUAUGAAAUGAAAGAAGUUUCCAUAAUAUUUAAAGAUUUAGUCAAAUACCUUGUACCUACUGUUAGAAUGUCAGGAAAGCCAGCAGGUUGUGGAACAUAGGCUUUAAGAUAGUCACUCAGGAGGUUUCACUCAGAGGCUUAACCUCGCUGCGGUGUGUGUGCAAGAUAAGGAAGAUAUCAUGGAUCACUUUCUAUGAUCACAUCAGUGCUACAGAUAAAUUUGUUUUAAAUUUAUAAACAAAACUAGAAGCCUUUUUAUACUGCCAGGAACUAGGAGCAUACUUCAUGAACUUGAAACUGUUAUCAUCAACGUGUAUUAUCAACAUGGGAUUUAGCUCCUUUCAUUUUCACCAAAUAUAUAUAUGGUGCCUACCAGAAUGAAUCGUUGUUUCUGGUAUCGAAUUAGCUAUUCAGAGCUAAAAAGGUAUUUGCAAAUUUCAGGAAAGUAAAAGGAAGAAAGAUCAGGGACAUGAGAUCAUAAAUGUAUGUGUCAUAAAUUUCAUAUUAAAUAUUUGCUUAAACUUCCCAAUUAUUUUCUUCUUCAUUAUCAUAUUUAGUAGCUUGCCAUUAUUGUUUCUUAGUUGUUGUGAGCAUUGAAUGAAAUGAGUAAUUAAAGCAUAUGGUAUUGUUUACA